UCGCUUUAAGAACCGUCACGUGACAGUCACAUGACACGGAAAACCGUCCUUAUUGUUCGAACGUGGAUGUGUUUACAAGCUUGUCGUUUACGCGCUGCCUGCUGAUUUGCCGUGUAAACAAACAGUUGAACGGUCCUCUUAAAGUCAUAAUACGCGCGUGCUCGCGUUCAAAGCGAGCUAUGUCUGCUCUGCUUAUAGGAAUUCAAGACACAACUAAAUGUCGCCAACAGAGCUGAACUGGUCUAAACAUCUCGUUUUCUAACGUGACUAUGAAGCAGGGGGAUGAAGCUGCGAGUGUCCCUUCUUACUUCAUAUCCAGCCAUGAGGGAUUUCAGGGAAGCAUCAAAAACUUCACUGAGGACUUUGUUGUGACUGAAAUCGACAUUAAUGGGAAAUAUGUGAAAACAUCUCAGGCCACAGAGACGCCAGGCUGUGCGUCCUCAGAGGAACACAAAUCCAGUGUAGAGUUAAAGGAGAACAUUAACUGUUCAGUCUCCCAGGAUGGGGAUGCUUCGUCAGAGUGGGGGGUGGACACCCCCCUGCCUAGUUUAGCAGGCUUUGAUCUGGAUAUCAUCUUGGGCCAGUCAGUCAGCGAAGAUCUGGAACAGUUCGUGUUGACUCUCAGAGAAAAGAACCAAGUAGGGCUGGAGCUGUCUCUGGGGUCCUUCUCAGACAAACACCAGAGAGCCAACGUCCACCGGGCAGUCCGACACCGCUUCCCCUUCCUCAUGACCGUCACCAUUCAACCUGAGAUCAGGGUGAGGGAAGACCCGGACUACCGAGAGCUCGCCCGGCUGGUUAAAGACGAAGAAGCAGAGGACUUCUUUAGGUUCAUAGAUGCCAAAGUCAGAGGAUCGUCUUACACGUUUGGACCGGAUGACAACAAGGAGCACAGGACAGCGGUCCACCACUUCCUGAACAAGCGGUUUGGGAAGCUGGUGGAGACGAAAAGCUUCAGCAGCCAGGGCAGGACAGCGAUCUCUGUUCGGCUCAGAGAGCACGGGAAGCCAAAGAAGAGAACAGCAGAGGAACGCAAGGAGGAAGACAUUUACACGGCUUUCACGCUGUGCAAGGAGAACCUGGAGACUCUGGAGGCCAUCAGCUACAUGGCGGCUGCUCUCGGUGUCCUGCCAUCAGAUUUCACCUACGCUGGGACCAAAGACAAGAGAGCCAUCACCUACCAGUCCAUGGUGGUCAAGAAAGUCUCUCCUCAACGUUUGAAAGAGAGGACGGCAGAAUUUGAGAAGAGGGGAAUGCGUCUGUCUCAGAUCUGCUCCGUCAGCGAGCCUCUGAAGCUGGGACGGCUGCAGGGGAAUCACUUUGACCUGGUGGUUCGAAACCUCAGACCUCACAGACCCGUUGACAAACGCUCGUCAGCGACGGACGUUCAUGCUCACCUGGCAGCGCUCGUGAAGGAGGCGGUGGAUAACACCCAGAGGAAUGGCUUUGUUAACUAUUAUGGACCACAGAGGUUCGGGGGUGGACAGAGCGUCCCAUCUGAUCGAGUAGGACUUGCCCUGCUGAAAGAGGACAUGGUCAACGCCGUGCGUCUGUUCUUCACUCCAGAAGAAGGCACCGACCCUCAAAGCCUCGCAAAAAGACACUUUCUCCAAACAGAUAACGCUAAAGAGUCCCUGGCGUUGAUGCCGCUGUGUAAGCCCAGGGAGCGUCUGAUGCUUCGGGCGCUGAACCGUUACGGCAGCGGCCCGGAUGGGUGUGUCCAAGCUUGGCUCAGCCUCCCCCACAGCAUGAGAGUCUUCUACCCUCACGCCUACUGCAGCAGGGUGUGGAACGAAGCCGUGGCACACAGGUUGUCCACCAUGGGUCAUGGUGUCAAACAGGGGGACCUGGUGUGGACGCAAACUGAACAAAAACCAGAGAGCGGUGGAGGAACCGGCUCCUCUCAGAUCCAUGUGGUGACUCCGGAGGAGGAGCAGGCAGGAGUAUACACACUAGGACAAGUGUUGUUGCCGAUGCCAGGGAACUCUGUGAAAUAUCCAGAAAAUGCCAUGGAGGCUUGGUACCAGGAGAGGCUUGCCAGAGAUGGACUGGCCGACUGCCGCUUUAGAGUCACCAGCCUCAAACUGAACCUGCCUGGCUGCUACCGCCCCCUGCUGGCAGGCCCACGCAACCUCAGCUACCAGCUGCAGAGAGACGAUGGAGGAGGAGGAGGAGCAGAAGGUGAAACGAAGCAGAGUUCAGACUCGCUUUCGCUCAUCUUAAACUUUGAUCUGGACUCCUCCUGUUAUGCUACCAUCUGCCUCAGAGAGAUCAUGAAGUGGGACCCUUAAAGCUAAAGGAAACAUUUCUCUUACUGGUUUUCUACUUGUGUUGUUGUGAGAAAUCAUAGUUUGGACUUUGUUUUUGUACCAGGAAAUAGUGUGGUCACACAAAAAAAUAAUAAUUAUGUGCAGUUGAUGAAGUUUGUGCUAAAAAGGUUGCCAAAUGUGAAGACAUUUAAAUGUAGACGAGUGUUGAGUUUGUCCUUUGUGCUGUCAAUAAAAAUAAGAACCCAACUUG